AUGCGGAGUAAAGCCAGGCAGCUUCUGCACAACAAGUUUGUGGUGGUUCUUGGUGGCUCAGCGCUCCAUAGACCUGCAUACAAAGACCUGGUGCUGCUGCUUCAGAGGGAUCAGUACUUGACUUUGCCUCAGCUCAAAUCCAAAGGAGAGAAGUCCUUUGAACGGGACGUCCUGGUGGAGGGAGGUCAAUUAGGACCCAUGACGAACGGCACAGAGUACAGAGAGGUCCGACAGUACUGCUCCGGCCACCACCUGCUGCGUUUCUACUUCCUGACACGGAUCUACUCCUCGUGCAUCCUGGAGGACUUAAGUGCAUCCAGGAUCCUCGUGCAUCCUGGAGGACAUCCUGGAGGACUUACCUGGUAUGGCCUGGAGUCUCUUGGACAGUACAAAGAGAACCUUCACAAGUUCUUUGGCCAGAUUAAAGCCAUCGUUGACCACGAGUGCCUCAUCGUGUGGGCUGUGACUAUGCCGAUAGGCGAGAAGAUCAAGGGUGGAUUCUUGGUGCCUGAAGUGAGCCACUUGGCUCCCACGCUGCGUUAUGACAUCAUCGAAGCCAACUUCUACAGCGGUCGACUGGCGGAGGCCUACGGCUUGGAUGUCCUCGACCUGCACUUCCACUUCCGCUGCAGCCUGCAGCACCGAAUGCCAGACGGCGUCCACUGGCCCACGCUGGCCCAUCGACGCAUCAGCAGCCUGCUGCUGCAGCACGCCACUGAGACCUGGGGAGUCGACCUCUACGACCCCCCCUCUCCUGCAGGAAGAGUGCUCCAGGGUUAUAGAGAAGACUUUGGACACCACAGUUUCAGACCUGAGAGGCCUGAAAGUCCAAGGCCCCUGAUGGACUCAGAAGACAGAACCGUGGACAGAAGACAGCCGUGGACAUCAGACCGCUGCUCUCCGCUAUAGAGCCAAAACUGAGCUCAG